AAUAAAAUAAUAGCGUGCCUGUCAAAUGAAAAAUUCAAUAACAUCUUAACAAACUAAUCAUGUUGUAUUUCAAUUGAAAUCAAAUCAAAAUAUAUAUUAAUGUAAAACAAGACAAAGUUUUUGUGAAAUACAAAAAAAAAAAAUCUAAAAACUAAAAACCAAAAACAAAUGCUGAACAUCAAAAACCAAAAUCUAAAAAUUAAAAACCAAAAACCAAAUUCUAAAAACCAAAAACUAGUGGAAACAAUCAUCAACUCAGUUUUAAUAAAGAAAAAAAAAUACUUAAUGGUUAUUGGGUUUCCCGAAUUUUUUUUUUUGUAUAAGGUAAAUUGAGCUUAGAAAUACAAUUGGGCCUUCAAAAUCUUACACUAACCCAAAAUAUUAUUUUUUUUUUGUUUUUUUCUAACCAAAAGUAUUAUUUUCUAUACCCAAAUUUAAGCUCAUUAGAAAUAUGUAAUCAUCUAUUUUAUUAAUUGAUACUUUAAUUGUUUAUAUUUUUAUAAUUUUUAAUCAAAAUGUUUUAUAUUGUUCAAAAUUUAUGAAUAUCUAUUAACAAUUUGUUUCUUAUAAAUGUUAUAACUAAUUUAUAAAAAUAUGUAUAUUAUGUUAACUAACAGUUAUUAAUUUUUCAUAAUUUCAAAUUCAGAUUUAUGUUUUCUAUAUAUACUAUACAUACUUCGAAUUAUAUAUACAUGUCUGAUUUUUUAACACCAAUAAUUUUUUAAUAUCCACAAUAAAAUAAUUCAACAUAGUACGGCUAACUUCAACAAGUACAUCAUUUUUAGGGCUGAGCAAAUUAACCGAACCUGAUCUGAUAAAAAUAAGAGAAUUUAGGCCGUAUAUACACAGGAAUUGUCGAAAUUAAGAAAAUACCCGAGACACUGUUGAACUUUUUUUAAUACCAAAACACCCCUAUAUGACUAUAACUCAUCUAUCUUGUCCUUGUAGAUUAUGUGUCAGAAACUAGAAGCUAAAACUUUAUACUACACGCCACCGACUGUACUUCACUAUUAUUCACAAAGACACCAGGGGUAAAUGAAAAGGCAGCAAUUACAUUUUUAUAGUUUAAUAGUUGUGUUCAAAGUCACAACCUUUCAUUCUCUCUCGUCAUAACAUUGUGUCACGUUCUUCACCUCUCCAUUAUCUUUUCAUCUUUUUUUGUGUUCUUCUCUCAGGGAAUACAAAGCCAUGUUCAUCUUCUUCCAUGGCAAUCAGGCAACACAUCAGAUUCCAAUCAAAUUAUCUCCCUACCAUUUGCCACCGCUUUUAGUUCCAAAACUGAAGAGGUAUGGAAGAUGUGCACUUCCCUGAACCUUUAUUGUGGGGAAAUUUUUGGAUCUCUGAAUUUUAUUGAUGGAAAUGUACGGUACGUUGGAUGAUUUUACUUAUUAGUGUCUCUGCGACUCAUAAUUCAGUGUAUUUAUUUUUUGAGUUUGUUGAUACUAAUAUUAGUAUAUCCUAAGAGCUUAUUUUCCCGUUUAUGAUACAUGUUAGGAAUGUGACCUAGCCAAAAACAUUCUUUCUACACUUUAGCAGUGUUUAUAUUUUAUUUGGCAGGAGAAACAUGUUUAAUACGGUUAAUGUCAACUUGUAUUAUAACGGUUACUAGUUUUCCUUUCGCUCUAACUUUGAUGAUAUAUGUUAUGGAGAUGCCGUAGAAAUAAUAAUUGUAGAAGUUAACCGUAUGUGAAAACGCUAAUAAUAGCUGUAGACUGUAACUGCGUAGUUAGAUGUUAAGGUUUAGACGUAACUUGUAUUUUACGGUAUGAAUAACUAACAUAGUUAGACGUUAAGGUCGGACGUAACAUGUAUUAUACUGUAUGUAUACCUAUAUUUGUUGUAGUAGACUGUAACAUCAUUGUUAGACAUCAAGUUAGUUGUUAGACGUAGCAGAGCAAUGUGGUGGCUUUCCAUCAUUCAUUCAUCUCAUCCGUGUAGGUUAUGGAUGCGCUUAUGUUCGCCCUGGUGCUGCAAGGGAGCUAGCCACAACGAUGCAUCAAGAUGUAGCUGCUGGUUAACCAUAUGUAUGAACAAUGUGUAGCUGAUAUACUAUCUGAUAAAAUGAUAUUAAUUUGGUUGAUAUUUCUAAUGAUUCGUAAGUGUUAUAUUAACGUCUUAGAUGUCUUUUCGACAAUGUUUUUGUAAGUGGAUCAUGUGUAUAGAAGAUUCUCAAAAUAGUGUGCCGUCUAAUACAUAAUUUAGUAGAUAAACACAAAAGAAAAAUAAGCCAAAGAGAAUAACGAAAUAGACAAUAUUGAUGAUCCAGUCGAUGUUGAAUUAUCAGAUGCACAAGACAAUAACCACAUGAACAUCCUUGUUGGUAGCCUUGUGAAUCAGAAAUUAACAACAUUGCUAACAAUUUGCGUAUGUGGGAAAGUAACUAAUGACCUUCAUCUAUGUUAACUGCUAAUCUUAAUUUGUACCGUAACUCUAUCGCCUUAGAUGUUAACUUGUUUUGUAGUACUAUGUUAACUAAUGGCAACUUUACUAAGAUCAAACCUAACAUGUCAACUAUAUGCUAACUUACCGUUUAGAUGCUAACGUUACUGAUGGCUGUCACCGGAGGAUGUAUGUGCUAACACGAAACUUAGCAAUUUUGCCAUUAAUGACUAAACAACUAAUAGCAUCUUUUCUUUAGGCUUGCAAAAGUAUUCCUGUUUCCAGAACUUUAUCUUAAAUCAUAUUAAUAUUGUUGACUGAUUCAUUAACGUGUAUGUUAAAGCAUUUAUAAACCUAAAAGUGUAUAAAAAAACAUGUGGUUUAAAAGCCUCCCUUUGCAGACAUAAGGUUUGGUUAUCUGCAAAGGUUAUUUAAGAAAAAAGAAAUUUAAAAUAUAAUGCAAAGAUCAGCCAAAACGAGUGGAUGAGAAGAAGCUAGCUACAGACCUAAUUUCUAAUAGUAACCUAUAGCUAUAUCAUAACAAAUCAAACAAAAUCCAAAAAGGACUCACCUUUUAACCACCGUAUUUUCGUUUUAGGGGUAAAAUUGGAAACAUUGACCAAAUAUUGAACAGUUAUUAAGGGUUUUCUGGCGCGUAGGGUAGAUAACUAAUUUCUUUCACUUUCAUGUAUAUUAAGGGUUUUCUGGCGCGUAGGGUAGAUAUGAACUGAUCCGAACUUGACAUAAAUACCAAAUGUAUUUUUUUUAUUGUAUUUUGGGUUAUGUAUAUUAUCCAAACCGAACCUUAACCUAAAUGGAUAUCCGAUAGAACCCGAAACUUCAAAAUCCCAAAAAAGAACUUGUACCAAACAUUAUCUCAAUCUCUAACAAGUAUCUAAAAUACACUAAUAUAUUAUUGAACAUCUAAAAUAAUUAUCUAUUACUUUAAGGUUUAUGCUUAAAGGUGGCGGUUGAAACUUGAAAGUUUUAGAUUUUGGUUUUAUUUUCAUUGAAUAAUGUUUCUCAUUUCAUGAGAACUUGGUUUUCUUUUAUGCUUUCAAUUAUUUUCUUUCUAUCAAUAACUAUGUUUACCUUUUGUUUGAUUUUGAAUGAUCACGUUUGAUGUUUCUUUUUAUUUUUGAAUCGGUUUUACUUAUGUUUUAGUUACAAAAUAGGUACAAAUCAAGUACUUUAAAACCAAAAACCCGAUGGGACCUGAACCCAAAAAUAUAUUGGGUUGUACCGGUUCUUUAAAGAUUUACUAACCUCGACCCAAACCCAAUAGAACUCGAACCAGUCCCAAACCAAACUUUCAUAUAACCAGAAUGUGGCUGAUUUUGAUAAACCUGAAAAACUGAAACCUGAUUGAGACUCCAAAUGCCCAGACCUAAUCAUUCAGUACAAAAAAAAAAUUAAAACGAAAAAAUAGGUACUCGCGCAGUUGCGCGGAUCAGGAUCUAGUGUAUCACUUAAUUUAGCAAAACACAUAGAAUUUGUCAUUUUUAUUAGUUUAUAAAAUUUGUUCUUUUCAGGUAUAGUUUUUCUUUUUUAAAUUAAGUUCCGCUUGAAUAUUAUAAAUUUAUAUAUGGUUUUGAGUUGGGUCCUUCUGGAUCUGGAUGAGUUCGGUUCUGAUGUAUAAAAACCUAAAAAUAUCUAAAUAACAAAUGUAUGUGAAACGAGUUCGGAUGAGUUCGGUUCUGAUUAUUUGUACCAAAAUAAUCAUAUUUACCCGAUUCGGUCCAAGUAUUUUGAAUACAAUUAGUUAUACUUAUAUUACGACCGAUCUAAAAUAUAUAACUGUAUUAUGAAAAUAAAUAUCAAUGUAUAAAAUGUAAGAACCAAUAUCCGCACGGAUGUGCGGAUCAAUCUCAAGUUAUAUUAUAUCUACUGAGAUUUUAUAAGUUACCUUUUAAAUAAUUUUAAAAUAAAGUAUAUAUUUUUAUUGAUAAAAUCUUCGUUUUCCAAUUAAACUAUUUUAAAAAAUGUAUGAAUAAUUAAUAAACUAGGUUUUUUUUUAAACGCUGAUUCAUAAUGACAAUAUGUUUAUGAGAAAGAUUACAUAGACAAAUCGACAACCGAUAAUACUACCUGUCUUAUGAAGAUCUACGUCUAACUGUAUCAUCUGAGCCAUCCUAUGAAGAUCUAUUCCUGACUAGAUUUACUUGUACCAUAUUGAAGCUUCCUUGUAAAUCCUUGCUCUUCUCCAAAAUUUGAAACCUGAAUUUCCUGUAAUAUGUAAAAAAUUGCAUAAUCGACCCGGAUGUAGAAGCUUUUAAAGCUUAACCAAUAGGCUACUGUGCUUCCACGGUAAACUAGGUUUGUAUACAACUUACGAAGAAAACACAAAUUCUCCCGAACCAUCAAAUCCAAUAAGGCAAUAACAAUACAAAAAAGUCUUUUUAUAUAUGCGUUAACUUAUGUAAAGAAACGUGUUUAUUAACCCUAUAAUUUUUUUUUAUCAUAUUCCCUCUUCACAGCGUCUAUACUGCAACUUCGGCCGAUCAUGAUCUCCGACAAAGUUGAACCAACCAAAAAAAAAGAAGACGGUUCCUGAGCCACAGUCGAUGUUUUCUUCACUACCGGACGAAAUCAUUGAAAACAUUCUUGCCCGUAUCUCGAGAUGGAAUUACCCAUCGCUCUCUCUCGUCUCAAAGAGAUUCCACUCUCUCUUAUCAUCUAUGGAUAUCUACAAGGCGCGAUCUCAAAGAGGAUCCAAUGAAACAUGCCUCUAUAUCUGGUUAAAGUUGCCCGGUCACCCAUGUGCGAGCUGGUUUAGCCUUCGGCCGAAACCUAAUAAUCAAAAGCGAACAAAACGGAGAGGUAUGAUUAGGCUUAAGCGGGACUCGAGUGGAUUUUCGGUUGUUCCUAUACCUUUCUCUUCCACCGAUUCUUUUCCCGAACUACAUAACAUCACAACGGUUGGUUCGGACAUCUACAUAAUCGGUGGACCCUACAAGGAACCGUCUUCCUCUGUUCGGAUCUUUGAUUGUCGAAGCCACACUUGGCGUGAUGCCCCUAACAUGACCGUGGCACGGGAGGAUGCGCAGACAGUUUUACUCGAUGAGAAGAUAUAUGUGAUGGGAGGUUGCGAUAUUGACAAGUACAAUGCCAACUGGAUUGAGGUAUUUGACGUAAAUUAAAACUCAGUCAUGGACAGCCUUUCCUGGGCCGGGCGUUGAUGAGUUAUGCAACCACUUUCGCAAAAGACGUUGCUAUAAUGUUAACGUGUUCGAAGGGAUAAUUUACUUACUGGCAGGUGAUAAGGAAUACACUUACGAGCCGAAAGAUGGCACAUAGAAACUUGUAAAAGAGAUAUCGAGUUUCCUAUCCGAUGAUUCCGUUGAGGCUUGGAGUGAGAUUGGGAAGGUAAUAUGUUGUUGCACUCGCUCCGGUUAUUUAAUUUGGUCUGCCUCUAAGAUUGAGGGUAGAGAGUGGAGAGAGAUCAAGGGUUUGGAGAAACUACGUGAGCAUCCUACAAGAUGUUUAGAAAAUGGGAGUGACUUUGGACUGGUGGCCAACUUUUACUUACACAUCCCAGUUUUAGCCACAAACACAAACGAUUCAAUGGACGUGAGGUGUGGGGAAAAGUUGAGUGUGUUGAUGUCCUUACCUUUCCUGUCGAAUCAUAUGAAAGAUUUGGUUGUGUUGUUGCGUCAGUUUGAUGUCUCUUAGAGAUAGUAUGAGUUUUUUUUCUUUUGCUUUUGAACAUGCUGUUUUGUUCUUUGAGUUUGUUUUCACUUAAAGUGAAACCAUAAGCUAAAUUAUAUACGCAUUAAUUAGUAUUGGUAGUUUUGUUUGCAUUUUUGUCUGCACAUUAGUGUAUGGUAAUUUAUUUUUCAGAUGAAACUACGAUUAUAGUGAAUGGAGAUUACGCAGAUGUACGUGACUGUGUUAAGAAUGUAACUGAAUAUGUACUUCGAGUUUCGGAAACAUUUGUAACGUUAUGUCAAAUCUGUUAGGUUUAGAAUCAAGAGAGACACAAGAACUUUGAAGUCAUAUAGUGAUCUUGCGAGAAGCCGAGGCUUUUUUUCUAUAAUACUCUUUCGGUUUGGAAAAGAUCCACAUUUGCGAAAAAAAAGUGUUUCGAAAAGAUAAAAAAAAUGUUCCAAAAAGAUAACCAGAGUGUAUGCGGUUAAGAAGUGGGAUGGGACUGUGGAAGAAGCUAGGUCUGGCGCUGACCGCUCUGUUUAAGCUGAGGAAUCAAGGAGUGAUUGCGCCGACAGACCGAACCGUGGUUGUGAGGACUGCUCAUGGGUUGAAGUUUACUCAGUCGAAGAUUGAUUAUCACUCGAAUGCUAUACCUGACAUGGCUUGCAUAUUCUCGAUUCCUCCUGUUGAAGUGAAAGCAAAUUUUGGAGCUGUCAUGGAUGUUCUCAAAAGUUACUUAGGAAGUCAGACACUAAGGUCAUAAGAAGAAGAGACAGAGACCGUUUUCUUUUCUUUCUGAAACCGUUUGCUUGUGUACUCUUAAACUGCUUCUCAGUUCUGUAGUAAAAGAACUAACGCAAAGUUGAACCCUUAUCUCCUAUUGUUUACAUUGAAUCCUUAUCAACUAGCUAGGUGGCGUUUUGGAGAAUGCAGAAAAUGAUAGUAAUAACUAAUAAGAUUUGUUUUUCCUGUCUUACCUUGUACAUAAGACAUUUUAACUAUUAAAUCUCAAUAAUAUUAAUUUAUAUAGGUUGUAUUAUAUUUAUAUCUACUGAGAAUUUAUAAGUUACCUUUUAAAUAAUUAAAAAUCCCUAUUGAUAUAUAUAUUUGUAUUGAUAAAUCUUCGUGUCCAACAAAAAUAUUUUUUAAAAAUGUAUAGAUAAUUAAUAGAUUAGGUUUAUACAAAGAAAAACCGGUCUUGGACCAAGCCAAGGAAGCAUUGGCUUCCGGUCGGCUAACGUUUACAAAGUGGACAAGCCAAAAACGUAACAUGCUGUCUGAUCCGAGUUUGGAAUAUUUUCUGACUAAUGUCAGGGAAUGAACCGAUCAUUUAUUACGUCCCACCAUAUAAACCACUUGGACCGAAACUCAAUCUAAUACUGGCCAUGUAAUGAUAAUUUAGUUAUAAGGAAAAAUCAAACCAAUACUGAUGUGGAUACAUACCAAGUCCCAUAAGAUUACCACUGUGUUGAAAGAUACUAUUACAAAUAUUUUUAGUUUUUACGGAAAAAAUAUCAUACAAAAUAUCAUUAUAUUCCGUCUAGUAUCCAGUCUCUUUAGAAGUUUGACUACAAAUGUUUAUGGCUCAUUUUGGCAUUUGACUUCAAAUAUAUGUUUGAACUUUGAGAAAUUAGUUCGAUGCUUUUUGUUUUGACUAAGAAAUUAAUUUGAUGUUAUCAUCAAUAUUCAGCAUUCAGCAUAAAUGACCAUUUCUUUUGGAAACAAAUCAUUACAUAUACUUUGCUAUUGGCGCACUACACUAUAUAUAUACCAGCUAGAUGUUCCAAUGGUAUACCAAUAAUUGUCUCAACCAAUUAUCAAAGAAAAAAAACUAGAAAAUAUGAAGAAUACAUUUUCACUUGUGGUUGUAAUCAUCUUCUUUGUCAUGCUUUCAUCCGUUGUUAAUAAGGUGAAGGCAAACUCAUGCCAAGACCCUCUAGGUAGUUGUCUACAAUGUGAUGAGAGAUGCAAGGCUAAACAUGGGCCAACGGGCCAAGCAAGUUGCGACAACAGAAACCAACUUUGCACGUGCUAUUACACGUGCGGACCGCCAUCACCAACUCCUCCACAUCAAAAACAAUGCUACGGUGGGACUGGCUUGUGCAGCAGUGCAUGUAAUCAAAACUGUGCACAAAAGUAUCUUGGUGGAUCUGGAUUUUGUGAGAGCAUUGGCAACACUAGACUGUGCAAAUGCCAGUAUCCUUGCUAAUUUUUUUUAAAAUUUUUUUUAUAAAUGAAACAAAUCAAUAAAAUGGAAUCAGUUUACUUUCGUAUUUUUAUUUGGAUGGUGGUAAUUAGAUAGGCUUUUCGGACAUUAAAAUGUUAAAUAUUACUCUAUAUAUUCUGCAUCACCUGGUUCUAACUAUAAAAUGGUCUCUACUUCUUGCUCUUCGUAAAGUAUGGACUCAACCAUUUACCAACAAAAAAUAUUUUACAUUACUGUGUUCAAACAUAAUCUUUUUGGUACAUGUUUUGCUGACCUUAGUUUAUAUAAUACUUAAAACUGUAAAACAUAUGAAGCAUUAAGCAUUCGAUUGAAAGCGAAACUAAAUUCUAUUAUAUAUAUUAUCCGGAUACGUUAUAUAUUGUUUUGGAGAAUUUUGGUUUAGAUCAUGUAUGUAAAUUUGAACCACGAAAUUUGUAGUUUUAUUUAAGGAGGUUAUGGGGAGAUAAAUUUGUAUAGAUUUUGUGAAUUUUAACAAUUGUAAAUUUAUAAAAGUUAUGUAGAUUGUGAAAAUUUAUAUACAUUGACUUAUGAAAUUUGAUCAUAAUUUUUUUAGAUUGGCUAAUAUUCUUUUGAUUUUUUUCAAUUUUUUUUGUCAAAACUUCUUUUUUUUUUAAAUUAUAAAAUGCUUUUUGAAACUGUUUUAAUAUUUUAAUUUUUUCUAAUAUUUAUAAAUAUAAUUAUAUAUUCAAAAUUGAUAAAACAAUAUAAAAAGAAUUAUAUAUCCAAAAAUGUAAAAGUAUAUAAAAUGUAAUGGAUUAUAGUUUUGGACAUAUAACUUGGAUUUAAAGUGCAAUAUAUAUUUGGUAAGUAUAAUUAUUUUUUUUUCUAGUUUUUUUUAUCACAUAGAUUUUGAAAAUCACAUAGAUACAUAUGAUAUUUUGAAAAUUGAGUCUAAUGAAUAAAAAUGAAUAGAAUUCACCUCCCAAUAACAUUAGAUUUAAUUAAAAUGAGAAAAUCAAUAAUAACUAAAAUUUUUGAAUAAUAAAGAAUUUGAAUAAAUUUUGAAAAUUCUUAUACCUACAACAAUGGAUUCUAUUAAGAUUUUUGAAAUCCAAGAACCAAUAAUAAUAAAAUCUCAAAAUUUUCAAAGUUUAAUGAGUAUAGAGCAUUUCUGGUUGCUUCAUAAUAUAUAGAUUUUAGAGGAGAUAUCCAUGUGUACGUACAACAUUAUUAUUAUUUUUUGUAACAUAAAAAUCUACGUACAACAUUAUUGGGUGGUCACGUUUUUGUAUUUUGAAAUAAAGGGUUAUGCUUUGAUUUAUUUAGUUCAUUCGCGAUGUCUCAAGAUAUCUUGUCGCAAUUUACGAUGAUUACAACGAUUCGUUUGCACGAGAAACUAAACAAUAUGUACUAAAAAAAUUGUUUGAAAAAGAUGUAAUUAAAAAACUUAGCUACGUUGAUCAAUUCAAUUCAUAAAAUCAACGCCAUCCACAAACCAAUAUAAUGGAAAUUGUUAUUAUUUUAUCAUCGUCCCACAUAAAAAAUAGUCGGUUUAAAAUUUUGUCAGCCAGCUUUAACAAGGAUACUUGCACUGGCAAACACUAGUAUUACCGAGGGUGAAACACAUCCCACUUCCACCUGUAAACUUAAGUGCACAGUUAAUAUCGCAACAUUUUUGGGGACACCUUACACUACAUAAACCGGCCCCACCAUUGCAAGUAUUGAGUGGAGUCAGCGAGGGUGGUUCACAUUGGUAGUGGCACAUGCACAUAGGCAUCCCAGUAUGGGUUUCACAUUCCCCUUGGCCUGAUGGCCCGUGUUUGGACUUGCAUCUCUGCUCGCAGUAGUCGCAAGUGUAUAGUCCAUCGACGCACAUAUCUGCUCUAGUCUGAUUCACAACUGUAACAUUGUAUACAUUGUAUAUACAUUAUUAAACUUACCAUAAAAUAAAUGUGAGAAAAAUGUGAUCACAAAAUUAUAUUAAAGAACUUUUGAAACUGUAUGAAAAAUGCGGCUAAAAAUAAAAUAAACAUAAAAAUAGAGAGAUAUAAUAAUACCUGAGGCAGAAAUGAUAAGUAGGCUAACAAGUAAUACAAGUGGAGUUAUUCUCUCCAUAUUUUUACGUUUACUAGUUUUCUUCUAAGCUUAUCUUUCUCUGAGGUAUUUGUUUGUAUAUUGUCAGGACAUUUGUUAUCUAUUUAAAGGCAAUAUGUAGACUCCAACCUAAAGAUUUUUUUUUUCAAGUAAGGACAUUUUUUUUCCGUCCGUUAUAAAAUAAAGUUAUUAUGAUGGUCUUUUGUUGGGUCAAUACUAUGAUGAUCUUGACAAAUACACUGAUUUAUUGCUAAAACGGUAUGGUAAUAAAUGUAUUUCCGUAUAAAUAUUAUUCUCUGUCGUCAAAAAAAGAUUUUUUUAAAAAAAUAUUAUUAACGUCGUCAGCAAAACACUAAACCCUAAAUCAUAAUCUCUAAACCCUAAAUCUGAAACCCUAAACCCUUGGGUAAACCCUAAACCCUUGGAUAAAUAAUAAAUUCUAAAUUAAAAGCAAUAAAAUCCUAAACCCUUGAGUGUUUUAGUGUUUAGUGUUUUUGAUUUAGAGUUUUUGAUUUAUUCAAGGAUUUACGGUUUACCCAAGGGUUUAAAGUUUCGGAUUUAGGGUUUAGGGGUUAGGAUUUAGGGUUUAGUUUUUCCUGACGACGUUAAAAAUAUUUUUUUUUGUAAUUACUACUAUUUUUAUUUUUUUAUCUUUUUAUUUUAAAAACAUAAUAUAAUUUGACAAUAUUUUGUUUCUUUUUAUAAAAGAUAUCAAAUUUAAAAUAACAUAAUCUUAUUGGUUGGUGAACCUAUAGGUUUACCCUAUGGGGUGAAUCCAAGAAUAAGUCCUAAAAUAAUACACUGUAAAAUCAAUUACAACAUUUUUUCACCUUUAGGCACAUGUUCUUUAUGUUCAAACAUCAGUUCUAAAUAAUAAAUAAAUAAACAACCAAUCCACAAUGGUAACCAGCUCUAGCAAGGGUACUUAGUACUAACUUUGACAAAACGAGUACUAAUAUCAAUGAUAUUACAUAUUCCACGCGCACCUUUAUGCCUUCUUGCACAAUUCAUGUCACAUUGUCAGGCAUUAUCCAAUGCAUAAACUAAUUCCAUUGCAAUUAUUUUUCCCAUGCGAAAAGGCGGCGGGGGAUAGCGGUUGGUAAUAACCAGAUCCAGCCCUUGAGCUAAGUCAAGUCAAAGAAGCAUGAGUUUCCGGCCAACAGGGCCGUCUAACAGCACGCGCAAGUGGAGCGGUCGAACAGGGCUCCGAAAUAUAAAAAUAAAAAAUUUAAAGAUUUUUCAAAAUAUAUAGAUAAAUUAUGGUAAUUUUUUAAAAAAUUUUUUAGAUAUAAUGCUAAAUUUAGAACUUAUAAUUAGAAAAAUCAGACAAAAUUAUUAAAUUUUAAACUUACGUGAUAAAAUGUACGAUUAAAAAAAUUUUUGAACAGGGCCUAAAAUUAAUUUGAGACGGCCCUGCCGGCCAACAUACUUAUAUAUAAAUUUCUGCCACAUUAUUCUAAAAUAUUGUCUUAGUCUAGUGGUGUAACAUUAAGUAUAUAGACUUGUCAUAGAUAACCCCGGUUCAAGACUUCUCUAGCUAGUCUCCUAAACUCUCUAGGACCGACUCUGUUUUCCUGAACAUGUAUCAUCUGAUUUUUCACUGUCAAAAGCAGAAUGUUGGUGCCUCAGUUCGUUUGUCAUUCCCUUGGCUGCUUUGGCAAAUUUAGAAAGCGAGAAAUAAGUUGUGCUUUGAACAAGUACGUCCCAUAGCAAGUGAUAUUUUGACUAAUGCUAAGGAGGAAGCUGUCGUUUGGCUGAACCUGCAUGGUUGUCUCCCUGAUAGUCCCAUCGUUUCUACCACUUCUCCAGUGGCAGUGCCUGCUUGGUAAAAACCUCCAGCCCUCUCCCUGAAGUGUAACAUUGGUGCUACGUGGUCUGCAACAUCACCGGUCAGUGGGGCAGGUUGGAUCAUUAGAGAUUCUGUAGGUAAAGUGCUAUCUCAUAGCAGAAGAGCUUUUAGUGGAGUGGUCUAGAGUACACAGGCAGACCUUCUGGCACUAUCUUGGGCUUCUGCUCCGGUAAUUGACCUUAAACUAAAGAAUAUAAUGUUUGAAUUCUCUUCCAUUAAAGCUGCAGAUGCGCCCGCUGGAGCAUCCCUCUUCUUAUCACCUAUGUCAUGAAGUAGUCAAUAACGUUUACUCACUGGCUAAGAGCGGUUUGUUUCUAGUUUCUGAAAACUGUAACGUUGCAGCCUCUGCAAUAGCGGACAGUGUUACAAAAGACCAACGUCUGCAAUCAUAUGUUGCUUUUGGUGGGCCUCAUUGGCUGUCUGCUGUUCUGUUGCAGGAGGCAACUUAAAGCUACUAUGUUGCUGAUUAAUAUUAGCAGGAUAAGGCUCUAUGUUUCUAUUCUCUCCCAACGGUUUGGGUUUUCUUUUGGGGCCUUCUGGUUUCCACUUUGUUUUUGGUUUUAUUUACAACUAGAUUUGGACCCGUACGUUGCAACGGGCUUUAUUUGAUAUUUUAAUUUAAUAAAAAAUAUUAAAAAAUCAUUUUAUUAUUGUUUUAAAAUUAUUUUGCAUAUAUUAUGUGAAAUUUAUUUUAUAAUUAAGAAUUAUUUUUUACACAUAAGUUUCAGUUAAUAUUUGUUAGAGCUAGAAAAAACAUUCAAACGUAAAAAUUUAAACCGGAUCCAACCCGAAAUAAUAAUUAUAAUGAAAUAAAAAGAAAUUUGGAAGUUAAAUAAGGCCAAGAAGAAAUACCAACAUUAUACACUUUCUUAUGUACUAAUUUAAUGUUUUAUUAAACUUAUCUGAUGUUAAAUAAUUUUCUGGAUUCAUUAUUUAUUAAAGAUAUAUUUUCAUAAUAAUAUUUUAAUUAAAAUAAAUUAUAAACUACUACAUUGUAAAAAUAAAAAAUGUAAUAAGAUAACGAUGAAGCUUGAUUUGUUUUUGACUAAACAUAUGUAUGGUGACAGUAAUAAUAAUCAAUUUUUAUGAGCAAACAUGAGAAUAUAUAUAUCAAACAUGUGUUUGAUUGUCGUAUAACCAAACACAUAAAUAAUUAAAUACCAAUCACGACAACAUUCUAAGUUUUGGUUUUUGUUAAUUUAAUAGCUUUAACAUCAUGCUUGUCAUCAAAUUUUUUUCUUAAAUGCUAUUAAAUAUGUAUGUUUACUUUUGUUUGGAUUUUUUUUUUAAAAAGGAAAAAUUUAUAUUUUACAAAUCUUGUUUUUAUUUACAAUUAAUAAAAGAAAAACUAUCAAAAUUUUUUAUAUUUUUGUUUACGAUUUUAGAAAAGGUAAAGUAUUAUCAAAUAAACUUUUACAAUUAUCUUCUGUUUAGAAUUUAAGAAAAAUCUUAUUGCUAUCAAAUAAUUAUUUCUAGUUACUAUUAAAUAAUUUUAAGAGUAUGAUUUUUACAGCUCAUAUCAAUACUAUUUUUACACUUCAUUUUUGAUUAAAUAAUUUUUAGUAUCAUGUUCUUCAUCAAAUUUUCUCUUAAAAUAUACUAUCAAAUAACUUCUUACAAUUGUUUUUUGGUUAGGAAUUAAAAAAUAUGAUACAAAUCUCUUUUGUUUAGGAUUUUCUUUUCGAAGUUAAAGAACGAACAAAUAUUUUUUUUACAGUUUUAGGGUGUUAGAAAAGAAAAUUAACAUUACAUAAUAUUUUAUAAUUAUUUUUUUCUAGGAGUUAGAAAAU